UUUUGGAGACUUUGAUCAUUUUCUCACGUUCACUUGAGAGUUUUCAUCAUCUGGGUUUAACGUUUUGGUUGAGAUGGGUGGUUUUGAUUUGAAUAAUGAAUAUAAAAAGCAGAGAAAAAAGGGAGAUUCUUGGCAUUGCCCGGAUUCUCAUAAACAUGGACGCUCUAAAAGGUACUCUCGCUGUUUCUUGCACACCAAGUGUUUGCUUCUCUGAUGAAAACGACACAGAGACUGUUAUUGCGUCGUCAGAGCGAGAUCUCCAUGCUUCUGGUAAUGGAGCUUCACAAUGUGCCAACAACUUCACUAGAAUGCAAACAUCCUUUGUUCAAACAACAGCAAACAAGAAACCAAAACCUCUGCAUAAUUGUCAGAUGUUAAUCAAAAACAAUGUGUCUUCGAACGACAGAGCAUCCUUGGAACGCGAUGUUGAACAACUUCACCUUCGUCUGCAACAAGAGAAAUCUAUGAGAAUGGUGUUAGAGAGAGCAAUGGGCCGUGCUUCGAGCAGUUUAUCUCCUGGGCAUAGACAUUUGACUGGUCAGGCCAAGGAACUUAUCACGGAGAUUGAAUUGCUUGAAGCAGAGGUCGCGAAUCGCGAGCAUCAUGUGCUUUCUCUGUACCGGAGUAUCUUUGAACAGACAGUAAGCAGAGCAUCUUCAGAACAAAGCUCAAGCAUUUCUUCUCCAGCUCAUCAUAUAAAGCAGCCACCAAGAAAACACCCAAGUGUUAUUUCAAAUGCAUUUUGUUCCUCCAAGAAUUUCCCUUUAAAGCCUUGGCAUGCUAUGGUUACUUUUAAAGAUUCGAGUAGAAAAACCUCCAAAAAGGACCAAUCUUCUCAGUUCCAGUUCAGAAAUUGUAUUCCUUCAACAACAAGUUGCUCAAGUCAAGCAAAAUCUCAUUUAAAGGAUUCAGUGACAGUGAAGUCUCCAUCGCAGAGAACUCUAAAGGAUCAUUUAUACCAAUGCCCAAACAAGUUGUCUGAAGAUAUGGUCAAGUGUAUGGCUUCAGUGUACUUCUGGCUUUGCAGUAGUGCCAUGUCAGCAGAACCUGAAAGGAGAACCCUAUCAAGAUCAUCUACUAGCAAUGUGAUCAUCCCAAAGAAUAUUAUGAAUGAAGACAGAGCUUGGUCCUGUAGAUCCAUGGUGGAAGUAUCUUGGAUCUCAUCAGACAAGAGAAGAUUUUCUCAAGCAUCAUAUGCUAUUAACAACUAUAGGCUCCUUGUUGAACAACUAGAGCGAGUUACUAUAAAUCAAAUGGAAGACAAUGCAAAGCUAGCAUUUUGGAUCAACAUAUACAAUGCUCUCCUCAUGCAUGCAUACUUAGCAUAUGGUGUACCUGCUAAUUCCCUCAGAAGGUUAGCUUUGUUUCACAAGUCUGCGUAUAAUAUCGGUGGACACAUCAUCAAUGCAAACACCAUUGAAUACUCUAUCCUCUGCUUCCAGACUCCACGGAAUGGACGUUGGCUUGAGAUCAUUAUUUCCACCGCCUUGAGGAAGAAACUAGCUGAAGAUAAAGUAAGCUCAAUGUUCAGCCUUCACAAACCAGAGCCACUAGUCUGUUUUGCUCUUUGCACUGGUGCUCUCUCAGAUCCAGUGCUAAAAGCCUACACUGCAUCAAACGUUAAAGAGGAAUUAGAAGCUUCGAAAAGAGAGUUUCUUGGAGCAAACGUGAUUGUGAAGAUGCAGAAGAAAGUGAUGUUACCUAAGAUUAUAGAGAGGUUUACAAAGGAAGCUUCUCUGAGCUCUGAUGAUUUGAUGAGAUGGUUAAUAGAUAACGCAGACGAAAAGCUUGGGGAAUCGAUACAGAAAUGCGUACAAAGCAAACCAAACAACAAGAAAUCAUCGCAGGUCGUCGAAUGGUUGCCAUACAGUUCAAAGUUCCGUUAUGUUUUCUCAAAGGACUUGAUGGAGAAAAAGACUUGGUGGUUGUAGAAGGAUAUUGCUUGCGUUAUAAGAAACCCUCGACGCCCUAAUUCUGGUCCUUGUCCUUGUAAAGUUGUAUGGUUAUAGUGAGACAAUGAAAAGGGCCUUUCUUGUGUACAAGAGAAACUGUCACUUCCCACCACUGGUUUGAUGUUUCAAAAUUAACUAAUCAAACUGCUAAUUGUGA